UAACUUAAUUAAUAGCAAGCGGGCGCGCAGAAGGCGAGAAAACAGUAAUAGAUUCGGCCUGAUCCGGACGAUUUCAGUUCAACAUCACAUCGUCCACGCAUCAAACUCCCACCAUGUCUACCGCCGGUUCUUUUGUGCUCCCCGGUGACGAGAUCGACGCGUCCCUGAUUCCGUCACAUCAGAAACUUCCGCUGCGACUCGGUCCCGGCCUUCGACAUGUUCCUCCCAGACAAAUAGUGCCCACCAUCGCCGGCAAGCUGGUCUCCGACCGCAAGAAGAACUCGAUAUGGGUUGAGCAAACGAGUGGACGGUACAUCCCCGCCGCUGGCGACCUCGUCAUCGGUACCAUCCAGCGCACCGCCGCCGAACUCUACUACGUCCUUCUGGCUGAUUACUCGACACCUGCGACCCUGCCCCAACUCGCCUUCGAAAUGGCAACGAAGAAGUCCCGCCCUCAGCUGGCCUCCGGCGCCCUCGUCUACGCCCGUGUAACGCUCGCGAACAAGCACAUGGACCCCGAGCUCGAGUGCGUCUAUCAGUCCACCGGAAAGGCCGACGGCCUGGGUCCUCUGGUUGGCGGCAUGCUCUUCGACAUAUCUCUCGGCAUGGCGCGCCGCUUGCUCAAGCCCAAGACGACAGAUCUCGUCGUGUUAGAGGAGCUGGGUGCCACGGGUGCGGCCUUCGAGACAGCCGUGGGCCGGAACGGCAAGAUCUGGGUCAACAGCGAGAGCGUCAAGAUCAUCAUUGCGGUGGGAAGGGCCAUCCAGGAGACCGACGAGCAUGGUCUCACAGCCGAACAACAGAAGAAGCUCGUACGGUCCUUAAUUCAAGACCUGAGUUAAAUUCCAUGCCUACGCCCCCUCGUGAUGCUUUUUUGCCUUGUUCUACAGUGUUGACCCUGGCCAGUCCUCGGACCUCCGAACGCCCAUUUGCUGCCAUGGCUGCUUCCUAAAGUAUAAAAAGAACGAAUGUACCCGUUUUGCCUCCAAUUUCCCCGUCCCUGGAGGCAAACAUGCUGUAUAUAACACAAUUGCUGGAUGGCAAAAGGGAGUGAUGCCCCUGAGCAUCGCUGUCGAUUGUCCUUCUCCCUCACCUCUCCUGAAUCUCUCGUCGUUGUCCUGCUUCCCGUUCGCUGACGAGCUCUGGUGGAGGUGGCUUGCAAGUCACUAGUCUGUCAUUCUUAACAGACCACUUCCCAAGCGCCUUCCGGUUUCCUGGCUCGUUGGCUCCGCCACUUCAUUGAAAAGUAUCUCGUCGUAUUUCCCAUU